AUGACGCUGCUCGCGAUGAGGUCAAGAUCAAAGCACAUUCGCCUCGCAGACAAGUACCUUGUGUUGAAUGGCACAAGUACCAUCUAUAUCGAUCCAGACACCUGCACAGCCCUCAAGGAUCCUCGAGUGGAGUACCGUCAGGUCAACCUCAACUUCGCCUCCAACCUCUCGAAAGUCUAUUAUCAUCCUAGGGGUGUCUCGUACGACAUUGUCUUCGACUUCACAAGAGAAGGUAUCGGUCAGCCAGACGUACCUGAAGAGCUGCUUUUGGAGCGAACUGCCAAGCUGGCCAAGUCCAUUGCAUCCGUUUCACUUCGCAGAGGUGUCAAGGCCCACAUCAGAGACACUGUCGCCUUCAACACAGUCGACUCCAACGCCCCGCCAGCCACAGAGUCGGAUGCUAUCAAGUCUAAAGGAGCUCGAGGCUACUGGUGGUCUGCCGAGGUCGUUGGUCCCUUUGUCUUCUACGGCUCGAUCCCCUCUCGCUACGCUCUCGGCAAUGUCUACCACUAUCUGGGCGAAACAAUGAAGCUUUUGUGGGGCCCAGACCUUCGCAUUAACACAAUCUACGUUGAUGACUGGUGUCCAGCAGCAUGGAAGCUCGUCCAGUGGAUCUCAUCAAGACCUCGUUCCGAAGCAAAUCAGCUGGCUGGAGAAGACCUUCCACCAGUCCGGAUUAAGGACAUAACCCAAGACUCCCCUCGAGAGAAAGUAGACCCAGAAUGCUGUCCACGCUGUGACACUCCUCGAGCACCCGUCUUCAACCUCGUCGACGAUACCGACCUGAAUCAGGGCAAGCUUCUUCGGAUGAUUGGGGAGAGCUUCAAGAUUGAAACAGGCUUUGUCAAUGCUUUCAUCAAUGCGUAUGCUCGGGUGGAUCUUUCAGGCGCUGCAGACUAUAUUACCGAGAAGCACGCAAGAGCUAUCGCAGAGAUCGUCCAAAAAACGGGAAUAGACAAUGUUGCUUUGAAGGGUUGA